AUGCAGAGCGCAGCGGCCGGAAAGCCUUUAAUUAAGUUCAACCAUUGCAGGAAACACAUCUACAGCUUCGGUGUGCCGCGGUGCUGCCCCCUCUGCCGGCGGGAUGUGGGCUCCAGGAAGCUGGAGGAAGCACCUGUUAGCAUCUCCAAUCCGUUCGCCAAUGGGCAUCAAGAAAAGUGUUCAUUCCUCCUCAGGCCAACUCAAGGGACGUUUCUUAGGGACUAUGAUGGAAGGUCUGAUCUUCAUGUUGGAAUAACUAACACAAAUGGAGUCGUCUAUAAUUACACUAUGCACGGUGUCCAGCGAGAUGAAGCAGGCUGGGAGCAGAGUGUAAGUGUCCCAUUAUUGCAGCCUGGCAUGUUUGGACUGAUGGACCAGUGGGACAAGUACCUGGAAGACUUCUCCACCACGGGGGCCUGGCUGCCUCACAGGUACGAAGAAGAACACCACAACUGCUACACUUAUACCCUCACAUUCAUUAACUGCGUUCUGGCCACAGAAGGCAGGGAGCAACUGGACAAGAAUGAGUUCACGGAGAAAUUUGUGGUCCCCAGGACCAGGAAGGCUUCCAAGUACAUCACGCUGUACCGGGCGGUAGAGGAGCAUGGCUUCUACGUGAUCGACCACCCGGAUCAAGAGCCAAGUCCUCCUCCGGGGAGUGGUCUGUGCUGAGUGCGCUGUGUAAAAGCAGAGGGACAGGAUAUUUGGGGGUGACUACUUUUAAUAGAUCAUAGAGCUUUCUAAAUACAGUAACCUGUGGUUAAUUAAAAAAAAAAAGUUAUAGGGCUUCCCUCUAAGCAUACUUCAGUUUACUGCAGUAUAAGAAUUUACAAAAUUAAUAAAAAUUGCCCCGGGUUUUCAAAAUUCUUUUCAUAGAAUUUGUUUUCAAACUGAGAAUUCAUGUUAAAGCAUAAAGUGGCAGCAUAUUUUAUUCCCAGAACAACAAAAACUCUUCCUAGAAAUUAAUGAGAGCUGAAUAAAUUCACCUUUCCAUGUGAAUCCAGAAGGUGGGGGCAUUUGUAAGAAGGGAGCAAGACAUCUACAAUUUAUGAAAUAAUGAGUAUUUUCACCUCAAUGUUUUUCUUUGAAAUGCAUAGUGUUACCUCUUGAUGGUCAACAAUAGGGAAAAAAAGGAAAAAAAAGAAAAGGCCUCAGAAUCUAAGUGAGGCAAUGGGCACCCCUGAAUUAGCCUUUCUAAUCCACACGCACAAACUGGACUGGCAAUUCCUCAGAAGCUGAACACCAGUUGGUUUCCUUCUCAUUUUGCCUGACCUGACAGGAGGUCAGCGGCUGGGUUUACUACAUACAGCACCUUCUCUUCCCACUUUAAGUGCCACUUCAGAAAGGACUCAGUGAAGGGAUGUCUUGUUUUUCUAAUGCUCAGAAGAAAGGGGAAAGCUGGGAUAAGCAACUAAAAAGAAACGAGGUGAUUUUAACAAGCUUGUUAGAAUUUGUAUACCCAAAUAAUCAUGACACUUUACACAGCCAAUCAGCAAAACAUUUCAAAAUUCCUCUUUGGAACCUGCUGCCAGAAACCACUUUGUUUUUGGCCAAAUGUGAUCGACUCCACCACAUCUUCUUCUCCAGCCCUGGGCACCAAGUGAUGUCUCACUUCUGAAAACCAAACCCAUCCUCAAGGUACUCAACUUCAAAGCACCAACCCAUCUUCAAUGUACCCACCAUCACAGUACCAAUAAUUACUUAGUAAUAUAGAUAUUCAGGAAACUUGCUGCAGAUCCGUAAAGCCUGCUUCCAAAGAGGUGUCUGGUCAACGUUUCAGCAGUGGCAACUUCAGUGGGAAAAAACGCAGGCACACCAAUGUUUGUACGUGUAAGUGCUGGUACUUUACUACACUUGAUCUUAGCCAAAAGGCUGAGAAGCGGUAAGUUCUGGUACUUUAGAGAAAAACAAAACUUCCCACCCAGAGCAUGACACCAUUUUAUUUUUUAAAAAUAUCUAUUUUUAUUGAUUUCAGAGAGAAGGGAGAGAUAGAUAGAAACAUCAAUGAUGAGAGAGAAUCAUUGAUUAUCUGCGACCUCCUAGUUCAUAGGUCGACACUCAACCACUGAGCCAAGCCAGCUGGGCGAACAUGAUACCACUUUAAACAGGACAGCUAUUCUGACUGCUAUUCUGUGUUGUUCAAGAAUUUGUAAAGAUCUCAGUGGGUAAAUAUAAAAAUGUGUUGAGUUUGGGGAAUAGUAUUCCAAUUUGCCCUUGAUCUUAACAUGCUUAGUAUUCCCCUUCUCUCGUCCCAUUCUUUACCUGAUUAUUGGUAAUCAUGGCAGCUGCAGUUAACAAGUAUUCAUCAAGGUCUCCACACCAGAAUAAACACUUCUUAUUCUUCCCUUUCACUUAAGACCACCUGUGAAGUAGGCGCUAACAUUAUGCUGGCAUCAUUUUACAGAUGAAAAGGGAAACUGAGGAAACAGUGGCAAAACCAGGGUUGAAAGACGUUUGACUGCAAAGUCCAUGCACUUAACUCCUGGGCCACCUGGUGACCUGGUACCCAGGAUAUGCAGCAACUGGGCCAGUAAUUUUUGCAUUCGCGAAGAUAAAAGCGAAAAUAAGGGUUUUGCUUUCAUCAACAUUCAAAUUCGGAGAGGAAGUAAGUAAUAUGUCAUAAAAAGCAAUUCAGCUAAGAUCAAUAUUAGGAAUGCCAAUUCAUGCUACUGUCUUAGUGCUACAUCCCUUUUCAAAGCUGCCACAGUCCCCAUUCUCUACUUUAGAGGCUGCGCUCCCACCUGGAGGUGACUCUGGCAGUAGUCGGCCUGUUCUUCUCUUCAGCAGGCUGUAAAGUCCCUACUGGUAAUGUCACAAUACCACCCUCCAGUGUUUACCCCAAUAAAGGAAAUUAAGCAUCUCAUAACACCAAUAGAUGGCAAUGUUGCUCUGUUCUUAGAAUGAUACACUGAGAAUCUGAUUGUUUCUUGAUCAUGCCUUGAGAAGGACGAGGAGACUCAGGGUUGGUACCAGCUCUGCUUCCCAGAUGAAGUCUCAGAGUUCUCCCUGCCACCUCCCCAGGCGCACUUCAUCUCAGCACUUAGCACUGACCCACGCACACACGGUCUUCCCUCAAUGCUUAUGGGAGGACAGACCACUGGGCUCCUUUUCACAGAGAGGUCAGAGUUUGUCUCAGUGUUACUGAUUUGAUGACCCACACAAAGGUAUUUUUCCAAAGCCUCUACAGGUGCAUACAUUACUAUUAUAACCAAGAAAACCCAAAUCAACAUCACUUUGAAAAGCCCACAGAGGCCAUAUCUAGCUCCCUUAAUUCAGGAAGUGCUUGCUACCUCACCUUCCCCCAUCUUCAGAGCUGUCUUCACUUUACCUCAAACUAUUUUUCUAUCACCUCCUUCUCCAUUGUGUUACCUACCAGGGCAUAAACUAGAGAAAUGGUUAUGGUAAUGCUUACACUUUUGGUUUAUCUGAAAGGGGAAAAGGUAUACCUACCAUGUACUGGAUCCUUUCAUAUGUCAUCUCAUUUAGUCUGCAAAACAAACUCAGGAGGUAUUAGUCAUCCUCAUUUCACAGCUGAGGAAACCGAGACUCAGAGUGAUUAGGUGAUGUUUCCAAGGUGGCCACUGUUUUCCUAGGCUAGACUUAGAGUUUGGACCAAGUGUUCCCGAUGCCACUGUUUCUACUCUAUCAGAAUGUACAUUUAAGUUAGGAAGAAGAUCUACCUUUGAAUAUUGUUUCAGAAUAUGUAAACAUUCCAAAAAAUGUAAAUGCUUAAAGGUUUCCACUUAAAAGAACUUAGAUUGUAUUGCUUUGAAAUAAAAAAAUAUUACCUCUUAGUUUAA